AUGCCUCAAAGUUGCAAUGAUGCGUCCGGCGCUACGGAAAACAAUGUUCGUCGAUUGGACGAUGCCUACGACAAAGCGAGAAGGGAAGACGAUGUCAGUCGGCUAAGAGCCGAGAGGACUAAGAAUGAUGGAUCGGCUUCGUUGGUGUCAAAGUUGCCUGUCCUGCUGGAGCAUGAGCUUAAUGAAGCUUAUAUCAGGUCUCAUUUCCGCGUCUCACUUCUGACGGCGUCUCGAUGCAAGGAUGUGCCGCUAUCUAAAGCGGCUUUCGAAAGCGAGCGGCUCCAACCUGUGCUCUCGCGGACACUUGAGCGUGUGCUUUCAAAGACUCUCGACAAAGACAAGAUUCCGGAAUAUAGCCACUCACCUGCGGAUCUACAAGAUUUAAGGGCACUAUAAGGAGCUUUUACGUGUUAUAGUCAAUGUUAUUUUUCUGCCUUUCUCUUUCUGACUUACAACUUUUACCUUCAUUGGCAGGCAUCGUGGCAGGAGGAGAAGUCAGCAAAAAUAUCGGAUCCUAUCAUAUAGACAACACCAAAGUGAUCCACUCCCUCUGUACUAACUAAAGACGGGGUCCACGCAAUCAUCUCGCAAUUGACCCAUUUGGAGAUGGAACAUCAUGGCUUCGAAAGUCGAUUGUCCCAAGACCAUUUGCCUCACUGUGGUUAUGAUUCUGGGACUCCUUUGAUCAAUUUGAUGGCCACGGAACUCGACAUUUGCCGCAGAGUGAGGCACGUAAUCAGGGAUGUUGGACGUCUCAGCCGAGUAGUCGAACGGGAACAUGAAGCUUCUCCAGAGUCGAUCGACUUAUUUUUUCAAAAAGGUGAGCGUGAAUCGAAAUCCUUUUUUCAGAUGGACAUGAGAGAAAUCGUAUAUCCGAAAGCCCAAAAGAAAAGUCGAUUGGUGAUUAUAAGUCCGCGGAAGGAGCACGAACGAGGAGCUGGAGCAGCUGCAGGAGAAAAUCAAAAUGGAGGGCCUAGUACUAUAUGUCACGGUCAAAAUCAUGUUCAUGACCUACCAAGAUUUUGGUCUAAGGAUGGCAAAACUUUAGAUUUAAGGCUCCUUGGGGUUGGAGGAGGUCACCCGGGUUUCUCUGGAACACGCAAAAUGACUUUCUCUACGUCUUCCAGCAUGCUAGGUGCUUUUCUAGCCUUUUUGGAAUGCAGUAGCAGUGCUUCUGAUUGUACAACUGCUGAUAGUGCAACUGCUGAUACGACAAGAGGAGCAACAUGGGUGCCAGAUGAAGAAGAAGAAGAGAAUACCUACGAAAACCUUCUUCAAGACCAGAAGCUUUGGUUUCCUAAUGUUGAGACUGACACUGCGGAAAAGCUCCGUAAAGAGCUACGCUUGCUUUCGAACGCAAACGACGAUAAUAACGGGGGGAAGAGCAUCAAUGCAUCACCCGAAAAUGAAAUGGUUGUGAAAAAUUUGAUUUGUUUGCCCAUAAUCUGCUAUGCGACUGCUUGUCUUGUACGACGAAGGACGCAAACGAAAACCCAAGAAGCUAGAUUUCAAGCCGAAUUGGCACUGCUGCGAGAGCAAGGACCUUGCGUGCCUCUGUUGCGAUCGAUGGCGCGGGCACUUAGAUAUCUUCCUUCAGGGACUGCAGGAAUACGUUCGUGGUCCAAGGUGUUUGAGAACGCGAAUUUCCUACGACCUGUUCUCUCUUCUUCUCUGGUAUUAAGAGAGUUAAAGACGGUUUUGGAAGAGGAGCAGAACGUGGGUCGUAAUGCCCGAGCCGUGGUAGAGGAUGAGAACGUCGUGGACAAUGCCCAGUCAGCCUUAGAGGACGUUCUUGGGACGAAAAUGAGCGAAACACGCGACAAAAAUCAAGGAAGCUUGUCUCGUUUAGCGGACAUUGUUGAGCAGCAGCUGAAGUACUGUGAGGACACUUUCCCGGAGACUACACCAGCGCCCAGAGCUGUCGUGCAUCAUUCUAGUUCUAUCGAAGAACAUGGUUAUGGUUGAUCUUGAUGUGUCAUCGCUUAGAUACACUUUUUGUCGUUCCAAAAAAACUUGUCCUUAUGGUCUGGCGCACUUGUCAAAUCUUGUGGUCUCACUUUUCAACAUUUCUUUCCGAGUAGAAUCAAAAGAAACUGUAAGUGGAGCCCGAACAGGGUUUCUCUUCUCGGCAUGCUAGCUUCGAUGAUGCAUCAUUUUUUUUUGCACACCACAAGCUUCUUCCGUACUAAAAAAGCGAACCCUAAGUUUCUUCCGUACUAAGAAAUCAAAUUCUAAGUUCCCUCAGAACCGAUUGCCGAAAUCCAUAGCCUUGCACUCACGGAAGAAGAUUUGCGGAAGCACGAUAGCAUCUAUAGUAGAGGCCGACGAUUAUCUGGCCCCGUUGUAUUAUGUGUGUAGGGUAUUCGUCUCCAAAGUCAUCUGGAGGAAAAAGACAAGAGGGAAAAGGGACCCAGAUGAUAUCCAUCAAAGGACGAACUCCCCAUACCUCUAACGGUAGUUCCAGUGGUUCAGGGCGCCAUUGUUUCCGCCUCAUCGCCAGACGAGGACAGUUUUUUUGAAAAUCCUGACCACCAACAACACGAACAGAGUCUAAGGAAGGAAGAGCCAGAAGAUGUGGCUCUUCUGCGGGGAGUGCAUUUUCAUUACACUGAAAGGACACGAAUAUGCAUCGUGCAUGACAUGUUGGAAUUGUCUUUGCUAAGUGGUAUACAUGGAAAGGACAAGGUAGAAAUGGUAACAAAAGUUGGUGCAGUGACGUCAAAGUAAUACCGUGUGAGUCCUCCAAGGUCACAAAUCUUGGUGCAGUGACUUACAUGUAAUUUAAAUUCAUAGUGUGAGUCCUCCAAGGUAGCCCUUCUAGUGACUUCGGAAAACGAAAUCUGGUAUUAAUAGUCCCGUCGACAGUUUCGGAAUACUGAUCUGGGCAUCACGCCAUACCCUUCUAGUGACUUGUGUCGCCUGCCUGGUUCCAUCCAACGACAGGGACCAAGGAAAAAUGGAAAUAUCAGGAAUGCUAUCAACAGUCCCUUUUGCAGGAAAGAUGGUAACAAAUGUUGGCGCAGAAGUGACUCAGAAUGUAUGAGAGAAAAUGACAGUUGUACACAAACAGUCGCAUUUGUACGAUUAGAAAUGAGCUACUUGUCAAUUUUGACCGUUCUCCUUCUCUGAGACGUUACAGGUGGCAUCUUUAAGUUGUCUGGCGAUCUUUUGACGAGGUUUUCUCUAUUGAAAAGGACAUGUGCACAUAAAAAAUGUUCUAAAAUG